CUCUAAUGGUUAUGAACUACCGAUUUCUCACAUGCAUCCCCCAGAAGUAAAGGACAGCCAAAACCCGUGGUCGUUCAACCACCGUACUCGAGCUCGUAUCGCAUUCGACUCUGAAUCAGACUCUGAAUCCGAGGCCGAAACCAGCUCUAAAGCCAAUAUCCCCUCCGACGACUCCAAACUCAUCCAAGAGCUCGACAUCUCCUCGCGGCACGAGACUGUAGAGUACAAACCCAAUCCCUGGAGCAUCGCACGCAUAAAUGCUGCCAGUCGCCCCCCGAAUCAAGAACCCCGUGCCCAGGAGGUCUCCGAAGAUACACGACGAAAACAACAUCAACGGGCGCCAAAGGGUCGAAUUGUGGAUGCGUUCAGAGUUCAAGCAGAACGAAAGCCGCCUCGUGCACCUGCACCUUUGAAGGCUCCCAAGGCCAAGGAUACACAGCCCAAGUCGAAUACGCUCCGGGUCUCUCGGGAGGAUCAAGGUCCCAAACCAGACCUUCUCACACGCCGGCUAUGA